AUGACUCUGAUCGGACAAAGUACAGCUAUCACCAAGGAUGUGUUACCCAGUAAAGACUUUCCAUGGACGCCGGAGAAACAGGAUGCCUUCUCAAACACUAUGGGCCAGACUAUCGAUGGCAGGGGCAAUGUUACUUCUCUAGCGCUUGGAAAAUUGUUUAACGGAACCGACAAGUCGGUUAAGAUUUUUGGGAGCGCUAUCUCCGACGGGAAGUUCAUUGAGGGUAAACGUGAAGGAAACCCCCCAAAGUCCGGUAAUGCUCAGAACGAACUGCGAGCCAACAUUGCCAAGUCAUUUUUUGGCUACUCCAUUCCCGCCCUCUGGCGAGUAUCUAAAACAUACGCCUUUAUCAUUGACUCGGGCUACGGGUGUGCUGAAGGUAAGAAGCUCAGCGACUACCUCGACGACCACACCAUGGAUGCCACGGGGUAUUACCUUGUGUAUCCGGACGGUGAUGCCAAGGAAUGCCACUGCCAGGUCGUGACAGAUGGGGGCCCCUGCCAGCAAGUAUGCAGAGACAACAAGUUCUCGGAGCCUCCAGGCCUGGACUCCCUCAUUAACGGAAACUUUGGAGGCAUCACUAAGGACGAUCUAGUCAAGGGCUCUGUCCGCACGUGGGUCCAGAAUGGCAAGAAGAACGGCCAAGGUCAACGGCAACGUUAA